AUGAAGAGAUCAGAAAAAUACAUAAGGCAGGAUGAUGCCUUGACCACCAAUAGGUUUGCAAGGGAGACAGCAGACAAGGGAAAGGCCUCGGAAGAAAGGAGGUCGGAUAAAUAUGAGAGAAGGCAAAGUAGGGGGCACGAGGCUUACGGGCAACCUCGGGACAGAAGGGAGCAGAGACCAUCACCACAUUGGAUCCCAGAGGUAAUAACACCUCUCAACGCGUCCAAAGCCGAGGUGCUUGUGGCUGUGCAAGACAAAGAAUUCCUCCAGUGGCCCAAGCCCCUGAGAGCGGAAGCGAGCAGAAGAGAUCCUAACAAAUAUUGUCAAUUUCACCACACUCAUGGUCACAACACCAAUGAUUGCUACCAGCUGAUUAACGAGAUUGAAAGGCUGAUAAAAAGGGGGCAUCUACGAAACUUUGUAAAGAAACCCGAAGGAGAAAGACCCCAGCAAAACCCCACAGUGGAGAGGCCUCGAAGGCUGGGGUCAGGUCUAGUUAACGAUGGCUCCGGCAGGACCAUUAACAUGAUCGUGGGGGGUACAGGAGGUCGAAUGAGCAGGAGAGGGAGAAAGAGGGGCCGAGACGGGGAAGGCAGUAGCAACGAAGUCAUGCAAGUAGAACAACAUUCUCCGAUAGUCAUUUCUUUCUCUCAAGAAGAUGCCCACGACAUUGAAAUGCCUCAUGAUGAUGCCCUUGUUAUUGAAGCUAUUGUUCACAACUUCCGCGUUCGGAAGAUCCUGGUAGAUGACGGAAGCAAAGUAAACUUAUUGCCUUACAGGGUCUUCCAGCAGAUGGAUAUACCGGAGGAACAGAUGGUGCGAGACCAGGCCCCGGUGAAAGGGAUUGGAGGGGCCCUAGUACCUGUGGAAGGAAAAGUGAAGUUGGCCCUAACCCUAGGAGAGGCGCCCUCAACCCGGACCCACUAUGCAGUAUUCUUGGUGGUGAAGCUCCCUCUAAGCUACAACGCAAUACUGGGAAGGCCCGUGCUGUAUGAUUUUGAGGUAGUAACCAGCAUUAGGUAUCUAACCAUGAAGUUCCCAACAGAAGCGGGCGUAGGAGUAGUACGGGGACGCCAUGAAGAAGCCAGGGCAGUGUAA